AUGAAGUCUGCGGUCUUCAGCCCCAUUCUCUUCUCUCUGGCUGUGGCCCAGAACUACUCACUUGAUAAACAUUUCGAUGUGCAAUCUAGUCUCAUUACCGACCCGAAGGAGGUCUCUGAGAAGACCUUUGAUUAUGUCAUUGCUGGAGGAGGCUUGACCGGUCUAACAGUUGCGACCAAGCUGACAGAGAACCCCAACAUUGAGGUUCUGGUUAUUGAAAAGGGCUUUUAUGAGUCCAACUGUGGGGGCAUUGUCGAGGACCUGAAUGAAUAUGGCGACAUCUUUGGUACCGAUGUUGAUCAAGCCUAUCAAACUGUUCCCCUUGCGAUCAACAAUCGCACAGAGUUGAUUAGGUCUGGAAAUGGCCUCGGUGGGUCGACCUUGGUCAACGGUGGUUCUUGGACUCGCCCAGACAAAGUCCAAAUCGAUUCUUGGGAAAAGGUCUUCGGCAAUGAGGGUUGGAACUGGGAGGGCCUCUUUGAAUACAUGAAGAAAGCGGAAAAGUCUCGCCCGCCAAACGAGGCUCAGAUUGCCGCCGGUCACUCUUACGAUCCUGCUUGUCAUGGAACAAAUGGCACUGUUCAGGCAGGCCCUCGUGACAAUGGCAAGCCAUGGUCUCCUAUCAUGAAAGCCCUUAUGAACACUGCAUCAGAGCGUGGUGUUCCGACACAGCAAGAUUUCCAUUGUGGGCAUCCUCGUGGUGUCUCCAUGAUCCCCAAUGCUGUGCAUGAGGACCAAACUCGUUCAGACGCUGCACGUGAAUGGCUUCUUCCGAACCACGAACGCCCUAACCUAAAAGUCUUGACAGGUCAACGAGUUGGAAAGGUUUUACUCAACAAAACUGAAUCCGGGGCUAAGGCUACUGGACUGAACUUCGGUACCCACAAAAAGGUCAACUUCAAUGUGUAUGCGAAGCAUGAGGUCUUACUUGCAGCUGGAUCUGCAAUUUCGCCAUUGAUUUUGGAAUGGUCUGGUAUCGGCUUGAAGGAUGUUCUUAGUGCCGCCGGUGUUGAGCAGGUUGUUGAUCUUCCAGUUGGUCUCAACAUGCAGGACCAGACGACUACCAACGUCCGUUCCCAUGCCCAGGCUUCUGGUGCUGGACAGGGUCAGGCGGUUUACUUUGCUUCUUUCAAUGAGACCUUUGGCGAUUACGCUCCUAAGGCUAUGGAGCUCCUUAACACCAAACUUGACCAAUGGGCAGAGGAAACAGUUCGUAAUGGUGGUUUCCAUAAUGUGACAGCCCUUAAGAUCCAGUACGAGAACUACCGCGACUGGUUGCUGAAUGAAGAUGUUGCCUUCGCAGAACUUUUUCUCGAUACCGAGGGCGUGAUCAAUUUUGAUCUAUGGGACCUUAUCCCUUUUACUCGCGGAUCUGUACACAUCCUUAAUGGCGAUCCCUACAUUCAUCGUUACGCCAAUGAUCCCAAGUUCUUCCUUAACGAAUUCGAUAUCCUCGGCCAGGCCGCCGCCUCGAAGCUUGCCCGUGAGCUUUCCAACGCCGGUGAAAUGAAGAAGUACUUCGCUGGCGAGAGCAUCCCCGGUGACAAUUUGGCAUACGAGGCCUCCUUGGAGCAGUGGACGGACUACGUCAAGAAGAACUUCCGUGCCAAUUGGCAUGCUGUGAGCUCUUGCUCCAUGAUGGCUAGAGAAAUGGGCGGUGUCGUCGACUCCGCCGCUCGUGUGUAUGAUGUCGAAAACCUCCGUGUCAUUGAUGGCUCCAUCCCACCGACCCAGGUGUCUUCGCACGUCAUGACCAUUUUCUAUGGUAUGGCUCUCAAGGUUGCUGAUGCCAUUCUGGCGGAUUACUCCAAGAACUGA